AGAAAGGAAGUCCUCCUGUGAUGACCAAUCAGCAGCGAGAAGCCGUUCUAAAGGCCCACCCUCUUUCUCCCCCAGCCCUUUCGUUUCGUUCCCCCACCUCGGCGGUGCGUCUGCGCUGUUCGGCCCUUGCAGGACGCCGUCCAUCGCGCGCCCAGUUGGGAGUCUAGCGGCAACCUGCCUCCGUGAUAUGGCCGGCUCAGAGGCUGAGUGGAUAACCGUUGCCAAUAACCUUCUUUUGAAAUGUCACAUACACCUGAGGAUACGAGAACUGGAAGACUGUGAUGCUAAUGUUUUUAUUGCUCUUUAUCAAUCCAUUUUGGGAGAAAAGGUACCAGACCUCAUAGCUAUUCCCAGGAGUCAAGAGGAUGAAGCUCACAAUGUACAAGCAGUAAUUGAUUCCCUGGCCUUGGAUUACCUGCAAGUCAGCUUGUCUCACAUAACAGGAGAAAAUAUAGUGAAGGGAGAUAAAGAAUCUAUUAAGAAUCUGCUAGAAAUCUUUGAUGGGUUGCUGGAGUAUCUUACAGAACACAUCAGUGAGACAUCUCACGAAAAAAGUGAAACUGGACAGAGUUUUAAAGAAUUCCAUCAAGGAGAACCUUUAGAAGAGCCAGAAAGUACUAAGGCAUCCAAAUCAUCAUGGAAAAAGGUUUCUUUUGGGAGGUGCUCCUUGUCAUCUGAGGCUUUGGGCCCCUCUUGGGAUGGAGAUGAAACAGAAUCCACUGGUGAAGUAAUUAGACUCGGAGACACAGCACACACCUUUUCUCUAAGAAGUAAUGGUGCCGAAGGCCAUAACCAAAUGCAGUCCAAAAAAGCCCCAACUCUAUUACAUGAAGAAGUGCUACACCCUCCCUCAUCUAGUUUUUUGUCCAAGAGUAGGACAUCCUUUGUUGAAGACAUGGAAAUUCCUUCUGUGGAUGUGAUUCCAAGUGCUAGGAAACUAGGGGAGCCUAUUCAAUCAGCUAUUCCUUUACAUCCACCCUACCACCCUUCAGAGCCUCGAGCACCCUGUCCCAUAGGAAAAGAAUACUUGCGCUCAAGUCACAUCUCCCCUGCUGUGAAUUCUACUGGAGAGGGCACUGCAUUUUCUGUGGAAUCAGAUAAUAGAGUUCUCUUAACUUCUGAGUUGCCUAAAGAUAGCAAACAGGAAAUGGUUUCAGCUCAGAUCCAAAGCCCUAGGACAAGGAAACUUCCCACAGGAAAAAGAUAUGAAGGUAGACCUACAGUCUCAUCCUGGGAUUCACCCUUCUCCCAGAGGGCAAGGAAGAGGUUAACAGAACAAGAAAUACACGCAGUUUCCGAGAAACUCUCUCAACGGCUCUCUGAACUAGAUUGGAUGUUAAAAAGUGCCCUGGGUGAUCGAAUUAAAGAAAAGACUGGCUACGAAGAUGAUGAUAUUGGAAAUGAAGAGAUGGAGAGUGGAAAUGAUGAGACACUGUCUCAACACAGUGACAGCAUCAUGGAGUAUGGGCCGAAGAAGCGAAGGCCAGGAGUUCCUAUGCAUAGAAGGCCACCCUACAGAUCUCAUUCGCUCUCUCCAUCUCCAGUUAACAAAAACACACAGUUCCAUAUGGAGAGAAAACGGCAGCGAAAGCCUAAAGAGGCAGAUAUCCACCAAUUCCAAGCAAAGGCAAUAACGGAAGCAUUUGAAAGGGAGCUAAGAAGAAAUAAAGUUCAAGAGAAUAUUGGAUCUCUAGGAAUAAAUAAUGAUGAGGAAACAGAGAAAAUAUACAGAGAAGCUGUUCAUAAAGGAACUCCAACAAAACGUAGUCAGCCCUGGAAGACUUACUCUAGAAAGACCACAACUCCAAGUCCAAGAGGUGGCUUGCCAAAGCCAAAUAAAGCAGUUCCAAUGAAAGUGAAUGAACACAGCCUCUUGCCCCUCAUGCUGGAGCAGUUUCCAUUUCUCUAUGUUUCUGGUGAAACACUAAGCAAAAUGUGGAAACAGCAAAUUACACAGGUUGAACAGCUCAGAAAAGAUGCAUGUGGAGAAAAUCGAUCAAAGAAGAAACUCCAGGAUGAAAUAGAAGAAGCCUUAAAAAAGCAUGACCUCCUUACUGUACUUGUCAAGAAAGAAUAUGAACAUAACAAGAGACUGCAAGACUUCAAGGACCGCAUUCAUAGGCAGAGGUUGACACAGUCAAAGAUAAAGGAAAAUCGGCAGCAGAUUGUCCGUGCCCGAAAAUACUACGAUGAGUACAGAGUUCAGUUGCGUGCGAAAAUGAUGAGAAUGAGGACCCGGGAAGAAAUGAUAUUUAAGAAGUUGUUUGAAGAAGGUUUACAAAUUCAAAAGCAAAGAUUACGAGACCUAAGAAACUAUGCCAAAGAAAAGCGAGCUGAACAAAAGAGACAGCACCAGAAUGAACUGGACUCCAUGGAGAACUACUAUAAAGACCAGUUUUCAUUGCUGGCAGAAGCCAUAUCACAAGAACGCCAGGAACUCAAAGCCAGAGAGAGAUCCCAGGCACAGACACUAUAUAAGGUGAAGAGGGAGCUGAGGUCGAAGAUGGAGAAGGAGAUUCAACAACUUCAGUGCAUGAUCACCCAGGAUGACGACGAUGCUUUCUUCCGGGAACUGGAAGCUGAGCGCUUCAGAUCGCGCCUUCAUCUGGCUUCUUUUCAGUACAGUAAAAAUCCCUUCCCGUGAGACCAGAUUUUGUAAGUGAAGUUUCUGGAGGACGUUACCAGGACAGAGCUAGAACUGAGCCAGUAGACACUCGAAACCAGGAGACUCCUUUUCAGAUGCUUUACUUAUACAUUCAUUCCAGUACUUUUUAUGACAUGAUUUUUUUAAAUAAAAAUUUUCUUGAAGUACA